CCCCCAAAACUGGAUCAAAAUCAAUUCAAAAGGUGAUAUUCGUGAUCACCGUGAAAUUUUGCAUCGAAUGAUAUAGUUUUAAGUGAAAAAUAAGAACUUGCAAUUCUUUUGAAUUAGCGGCGCCUUAUUGCGAGACAUUCGCUAGUUCAAGUGAACUAAAUUUUUAUAAAAUGGUCCCUAUAGGGCAAGAAAGGGUUAAGUUACUUUCUUACCUACGACUGUAAAUACUUUUUUCAUCGAACUGCAUUCAAUUUACGAAAGGCUGCUCCAUAUCAAAAUCAGCAAACAUGAAAGUGAAAACGACCGAGGAACCUCUCGUAAACUGAAUGCAGUUUGAUGAAAAAACGUCGCGGAGAGUUCGGCAACGUCUAGUUUUUAUUCAACAAAAUCUAAACUAAUGCUACGCUCGCUCUAAAACUGACUCACACUCUUAGAGUGUCACUUCGUCAGUUGAAGUGACACUUCAGUCAUAAGUGCGCACACUUGGAAUGAGAUUUUUCCUCCUUGCUACUAAUACAUUUAUUAAAGAUGUAUGAAAGACGCUUAUUAUUUAUUUAGGUUGUUGUGAUUUGAACCAUAAAGAAUAGGGUUUUUUUAGUAAUCGAAGUUUCUAACGACAUUUGACUCUUGCCAAGUCUAUUAAAAACAAAGAAGGCAUGUAUGAUAUUGAUAUUAGAAAAUAAAACAGAUAUUUGAAGAGUGACUAAAGGAUUUUGUUUUUUUAAUUUUCUAGGUUAGUUUGAAGCAAAAGUAUAGAUUAAUAUAGAAAAGAAAGCCCAAGUAUUCAACUACUCUGUUGAAAUUCAAAUUAUGGGUACCAUUAAAAGCUGCUUAUUACAUGUGAUAUUUAUUCUGUUCACUUGUUUCAUAAAUCUUAUUCUAUCAAAUCCGAAUGGUUAUUCAGCAUACAAUGUUUCAUUUGAAAGUGCAGACGUUCCAUCUGGCAAAAUAACUUUAUUUGGAACAAUAUUUAUACCAGAUACUGCUUCAUCAGCGAGACCAGUACCAGGAUGUGUUUUAAUUCAUGGAUCGGGAGGAAACAAUCGAUGGGAAGAGGGAGAUGGUGUACGUGUAUUUGAAGAUAUAGCAAUAAAAUUAGCUACAAAUGGAGUGGCUGUGCUAGUCUACGAUAAACGAAAUUGUCAUAUAUCACCAUGCAUGUAUCAAUUCUGUCGGGAUACAACAAACAAUUGUGUUCAGUCGCUAAAAUUAUCCUUAUAUGAUUUUCUCAGCGAUGCACAACAAGCAUUUUACUUUUUGGCUAAUUAUUCGAACAGAAUUGAUUCAAAUAAAUUAUACAUUAUGGGACAUUCAGAAGGUGUUACUAUCGGUAUCAAUUUGGCAUUGAAUUUGCUUGAACGUCACUCUCAACCUAGCCCAAAGGGCCUUGUAUUACUGAUGGGUGUCGGUGUCGAUUUUGAUUUGGUUUUGGAAUAUCAAGCAAAAGUACAACAACCGUUAUUUGAAAAAUACCUGUUAGAUUUACGAUCACAAACAUCAGUUACGCCUCAAAUUUCAGCUGAAAUUCUUCGAGUUACGGAAAUUUUAAACGUGUUUAAUUGUAUAACAAACGUAGCUGUUGAACAAUACAAUUUGAUUCGACAAAAUCGAAUACCCAUUGACUAUUCGAGUAUCAUCUGUUAUUCAGGUGCGACAUUUCCCGCAACCAAUGUAAGCACUGUCAAUGUCAGUAUUCAACAUGGAUUCUAUUGCCCAGCAAAAUGUGGAACAUCAAUAUGCUCAAAAGACUUGAAUAUAAUGGAGUGUUUAAUUCAAUGUCAAAUUAGCUAUAGUUUUGAUACGUGUUUAUCAACCGCAUGGGCCAAUUCACAGUUACAAUUAGGUAAUGAUAAACAAUUGACAAAAUCAUUGGAAAUAAUGAAACGAAACAAUGUUUCCAUCAUGUCGAUUAACAGCCAAACAGAUCUGAAAGUACCGCCAGUUGUCUAUCAGCCUCUUCUACAACUUAUUGAAAAGAUUUACGAAAAGAAAUCAAUACGCCUUUUUUUGAAUGAAGUGGAUGGUUUAACACAUUCAAUGACAUCAAAGACAAGUGCUAGAAAUGUUGACCCAAUUAUUACGGAAAAAAUAACGAAAUUUAUUGAGGAUUUAUAUGUAGAAUUGUAUUUGUAA